CUUAGGCAUCGGAGGGGUCACAGGCAUACACCGCCGGCUAGCUCACGUUUGUGUUUUCAGGUGAUAAGGCGACGACAUUGGAAGGAGUGCAAACUCGAUCAACAGAAUUAUACGAGAAGAUUAUUUUGUGCUCGUACAACAACCAUUUUGUCUUUGUCAACUGCCACAAGAGAUUAUAUGCUCUUCGAUCCAUAUAUAAAUGGGGCUGCUGAGUUGUAUGACAGGCAUAGAGAUAUGAGACUUGAUGUUGAUAACAUGUCUUAUGAGGAAUUGUUGGCAUUGGAAGAGCGCAUAGGAAAUGUGAGCACUGGAUUGAGCGAGGAAACCAUUAUGAAGUCUAUGCAACAGCAGAAGUAUCUUUCUAUCGCGGUAGUAUCCCAAUCAAACUUGGAGCCAUGCUGCAUAUGCCGGGAGGAGUAUGUUGCUUGUGAUGAUAUUGGGAAUUUGGAUUGCGGGCAUGACUUCCACACCAACUGCAUCAAACAGUGGCUGACACAGAAGAAUCUUUGCCCUAUUUGCAAAAUGACUGGUUUGGGCACUUGAGAGGGAAAACCAUUAUUUUUAAACCCUGAAAACUUAAUUUUAUUUCUUUGCCAGUGGAUCAUUAAACCCAUUGCUUUGGUUGAAAAUAUAGUAAUGUGUCCCAUUCCUUUUAUCCAAAAACCAGUAUUUACUAAGCUCGUGAAAUGCACGGGUUCAUAAAUGUGGAGAAAAGGGAUGUAAGUUAUAGAAGAUCCGGGCAAUGGUAAGGGAUUUGUGUAUUACCUGAAAUGGAUAA